CGUCGGGCUGCUUUAGAGCUCGCGGAACGAGGGGAGGACGGUACCAUUUUGAUGGCUGGAGGGGGGCGACCGUAGCCCUCCCUCGCGUCCGCAGGGCUGACCCACGCCUGAUUGGUGAAUGUUUCCGCUGUCUUAAGACAUUUCCUUCCAUCGCUGACUUUCAGAUUUUACCCUGCACUUCUGUCUUGGUUAUAAUUCAAAGGCAUUCAAGGUCUUCCUUACCUUGGAAUUUGUCACGAUCAUGGGAGAGAUUAAAAUCUCUCCAGACUAUAGCUGGUUCAGGAGUACUGUGCCUCUCAAAAAGAUCAUUGUAGAUGACGACGACAGUAAGAUCUGGUCGCUCUACGACGCAGGACCCAGGAACAUCCGAUGCCCCCUCAUAUUUCUCCCACCCGUCAGCGGAACGGCGGACGUCUUCUUCCAACAGAUUCUAGCCCUCUCUGGAUGGGGCUACAGAGUCAUUGCUCUACAGUAUCCAGUUUAUUGGGAGAUCUUUGAAUUCUGCGAUGGAUUCCGGAAGCUAUUAGAUCAUCUACAACUGGAUAAAGUUCACCUUUUUGGUGCUUCAUUAGGAGGUUUCCUUGCUCAGAAAUUUGCCGAGUACACGCACAAAUCGCCCCGGGUCCAAUCUUUGAUUCUGUGCAACUCUUUCAGCGAUACCUCGAUUUUCAAUCAGACGUGGACAGCGAAUAGCUUCUGGUUGUUGCCUGCCUUCAUGUUGAAGAAAAUCGUCCUUGGGAAUUUUGCCUCUGGUCCCGUAGAUCCUGAAAUGGCUGACGGAAUUGAUUUCAUGGUGGAUAGGCUGGAAAGUUUGGGCCAGAGCGAACUGGCUUCAAGACUGACUCUCAAUUGCCAGAAUUCCUACGUUGAACCUCAUAAGAUCCGAGAUGUCCCCGUCACCAUCAUGGACGUAUUUGAUCAGAGUGCCCUGUCUACAGAAGCCAAGGAAGAGAUGUAUAAAUUGUAUCCCAACGCCAGGAGAGCUCAUCUGAAAACAGGAGGAAAUUUUCCGUAUCUUUGCAGAAGCGCUGAAGUAAACCUUUAUAUCCAAAUACACUUGCUUCAGUUCCAUGGGACCAGAUAUGCUGCCAUUGACCCCUCCAUGAUCAGCGCAGAAGAACUAGAAGUCCAGAAAGCCAACCUCCAAUCUAGCAACGAACAAGAACAAGCAUCGUAAUUGGACGAUUGGCCGUUCUUUCAUCUGGAGGGCCUCACCUCUUUCCUUGUUGGCAGAUGUCCUACCCAAUCACAUCUGACCACCUUCUUGUCUUUCUCUUUUCCCACUAAACUGGUUAGAAUGGUGUCCUUAAACUCAGCUGGAUGGAUUUCAUUACCUGAAAUAAGGCUACGGACGCUCGCUCCCAUUUCUGUUUCACAAGCUAAGUUUGGAUAAUAAAAGUUAAGGAUGCAACUUUGGAAGACUUGUUUAAAACAAAAAACAAAACAAAUGCAACUCUCAGAGACAAACUUUUGGUACCAAAGCCUUCAUUACUGUGCUCUUACCGAGAAUAAAUCUUUUUAAUAUAUAUAUAUAUACAAAUCUAUAUCUCCAUGCAGAGAGGGGCUACUAUGAACAAAUUACAGAUGCCUGUAAGGUCAUUUAUAAUUUGAAUAUUUAGUUUUAAACUAUGUUGGAAGUGUCAAUGUUGCUGUUACGUUUCUUUAUAUACUGUUGCCGCUUAAUGACUUGAAAUCAAAGGGGUUUUUUUGUAAAAUUAAUUUGCUAUCGUACUUUGUUUUUGAAUAAAAUUUUAACUGGC